AUGUCCUCUGCUCAACUGAGGCGCUCCGCGCGUAUUGCAGCCCGGCGCAAGGCCACGACACUCGAUGCCACCUUGAUCUUGCCAGGAUCCCCCGAGCAUCCACUUCAGGAAUCAGCAGCGCCAACAGCUCAAGAUGUUCUAGAAGCUGAUUCUUCAUCGAGCGACCGGUUUCACGUCGAAGCAGCGUCGGACACUUUAUAUCACCGGAUUCUUUGGAGAAAAGCUUCCAAAAUUGGUCACAUAUGCUUCCUAAUUGCGAUACUUGCGCGGAUUGUCCUAUUCAUGGGUCAGCGGCUCCCACGAGGGUCGUAUCAUGAAAUUUCGCUACUCAAUGAUCUCUUCAACGCCGUCAUCACACAAUCGGUCCUUUCGCAUAUCUUGACCUAUCAUGACCUUCAGCCUCUCCUUGCAGCGCACAAGUCCUUCCAUCUCCCUAUCCAUCACUCGGUAUUGGAAUAUGCUCGUUAUCAUCGACUUUCAUCAUUACUUCCUGUCGGCAGUCCAUGGCUCUUCUUACCCGUUGCAAGACGAUACUUGAUCAACAGCACCGAGCAUAAUUACACGGACACUCAAUUCGAUAGGGUACCAUGGGUAAAUUUUCAUGAAGACUUGGUGGACGUGCUUGGAGCCAUGUCCGACGAUCUGCUCUGGUUCGCGGAGAACGCAUCUGCAUCUGAUCUCUUCACCACCGAAGUUGCCAAUUCCGAGGGGUGGGCUACCAAAAGCAAAAAUACUCACAAGACAACCGAUUUCCAAUAUAGCGAGUCUUCUACUGAUGGUAGCCUGAAGAUGGAGGAGGCAGUUCCAUGGUGCUUUUUCAGCCAGUCUCUACCCUGCGACGACAAGAAUAUACCGUUUGAUUCGCUUCUACAUGACCUGAACAAAACAAUUAAGACAGCAGAAGAAUAUUGGCUAGAAUCAUUACACUACCGAUUGAAUUGGGUGACAUGGAUUAAUGAUAGUUACGGUUUGUUGAGUUCGAUGGUCAGGUACCUCGAUGACAGACUAGACCUUUGGGAAAAAGGGGGGAUCUGGCUAGGAUUGAACAGAAGUGGGAUGCAAAACUCGGACAAGCCUCGAAUUGAAUGUUUGAUGAGACACAAUUCAUCUAGCCAGGCCGACGUCUUCAAAGCAUGCGAUAAAUUCAUCCCCCCAACAGUGGACUUCGCUUCAGCUCAAAUACAAAACUCAACAGCCCAAGACAUGAUACAAAUCAUAAAAUUGUUUGCAGACACCAGUCAAUCCAUCUCACGACCAGAAACUUAUCUUUCAGAAUUCAAAUCACAUUUGGAAGAGGUAAAAAGAGUUACUGGAGGGCUGAUUCGACACGUUGAAGAGGUGCUCUUCUACUUCGACAUCGAGAAGAUGCAACUACGUGAAGCAUGGCACGAGGGUUAUCGAGCCCGCCUUGAGUGCCGUCUGGCUCGGCUGGAUAAAGCGCUCCUCUUUCUGCGAGAGAUCGCUCUAACCAGGCUCGAGGAUCAAAUAGACCGAGCCGUUCUUACUUUGCUUGUUGCCAAGGAUUUCGACGCGCAGCGACAACAUAUUCAAGGGACUAUACAUGACCUUCAAAGUCCAAGCUCGUGGAUAUUACCACCUCAUCUAAUAAGCUUAUGGUGGGGUUAUUUACAUUCGAUUAUGGGUUUGACGCCAUACACAAGCCGGAGGCUGGUUUUCCCGUCCCUAGAGAGGAUGCUGGCCGAUGCCAAGGAGGCAGCGUGGUGGGUUGGAAAACUGAUAGACUAUGACAAAUUUCUCGAAAAAGAGCUCUCCAAUACCUUUGAGGUGGCUAAAUUUAAGGAUGGAAAAUCAUACUCAUUGCUGUAUUCUAGAGUAGGUCUUGUAGACUGUAAGGUACGAAUAGUCAGUCGAUGGCACGCAGCUGACCAAGGUAAAAGGCUGGAUGCAUUUGCGUACGACGGGAAUAACUGCUUCCUCCAUCUUUGCAUCGAUGAGGGGGGCACUGAAAGCUUAAAACGAGUUCACCAUGGAUGGUGGGAUCACAUCACUCGCUGGAUAUUUUAG